UAUAGUAAACUAUAACCAGCAUGGCCGAAACAAGUGAAGAAAUUCCUGCUAUUUCUCAUGAUUCUGGGAAGAAAAAGAAGUUCCCAAAGAAAAAGAAAGCUGUCAUUGAGGUGCCAGAAGGAUGGACAGAACCCAGGUUCACGAAAGAGGACAACCCACACGGGAUGUUGGCUGAGAGUUCGUUUGAGAUAAAGUUCCCACAAUAUCGUGAAACUUACAUCAGAGAAUGCUGGCCACUUGUCCAAAAAGUCUUGAAAGAUCAUUUAUUAAUUUCAGAAUUAGAUUUGGUCGAGGGCGUUAUGUCAGUCAAAACGACAAGAAAAACAUGGGACCCUUACAUUAUAAUAAAAGCGAGGGAUUUUUGUAAAUUAUUAGCACGAAGCGUACCAUUUGAACAUUCAGUUAAAAUUCUGGAGGAUAAAAUCGGCUGUGACAUCAUAAAAAUUUCAUCGUAUGUGCGUAACAAAGAACGAUUUAUUAAAAGACGAGAUCGACUAAUUGGACCCGAUGGUGCGACACUGAAAGCUAUUGAACUGUUGACCGACUGCUAUAUUUUAGUUCAAGGUCGGACUGUGUCUGUUGUAGGUCCAUACGGGGGUUUAAACGAUGUUCGUGAUAUCGUGGAGCAGACGAUGCUAAAUACCCACCCAGUCUACACGAUAAAACGACUGAUGAUAAAAAGGGAAUUAAUGAAACAUCCAGAAUUAAAAAAUGAAAAUUGGGAGCGGUUCAUGCCGCAAUUCAAAAAGAAGAAUCAUCAGCAGAAGGCUAAAACUGUCUUUAAGAAGAAAGAGUAUACCCCAUUCCCACCUCCCAUGCCCGAGUCAAAAAUGGACAAACAGUUGGCUUCAGGUGAAUAUUUUCUCAAUGAGAAGCAGAAGCAUGUGAAAAAAUUGAUGGAACGCAAAGAGAAGGAUAAAGUGGCGAAAGCUAAACAGCGGGAAAAACGAAGAGCAGAUUUUGUGCCUCCUGAGGAAACAAGUGCUCCAAGGAAAAAACAGAAAACUGAAUCAAGUGGGGUCGAUGUCGUGGAUUUGAAACGCAAAGUUAAAAAAGCUCAGAAAAAAUAAAAACCAUGAAACAUUUGUUGUGGCCUUUGAACUUUACGAUAAUUUAACUUGGUAAAAAUUACAACAAAAGACAAUCUGGAAUUAAAAUCAUGUCUUUCUCUGCAUAAAUUAAAUGUUUAUCUUUUGGUGAAUAAAUACAUGUAACCUAGAAUAAUUAUUUGAAGUUCUGAAAUGUAACGCUUUUCAUAUGGGAAGCCUAAUUUCCCUGCAUUGUAUAAUCUUACCUGUAAAAGUCAAUAUUGAGUAAUUAUAGAGUAAUUAAACUAAUUUAAUAAAACAAUAGGUUUAAACUCAAGGAGUUUCAGUGGAAAGCACUCCUAUUUGAAAAAAUUACUUCCAAAUAGUCCAUGUAUUUUUUUCAUCAGAAUUUUACGGCAUGGUUUCGCCUUGUCAGCGGUGCAGAACGGAGGGCCUGAUAAGGACAGCUAUCUAAUCAUUCGGAUAUGCCUGUUUUCAUUAGCCCAGUUGGAGCAGAACAGUGGGUGGGGGAUCACAUGGCUAAGUGGAUAAGACGCUGGCUCACUAGUCUGGAGGUCGGCGUUCGAUCCCUGCAUUGGCCGAGAAAGUUCAUCCUGAUUUUACGGCGUGGUUUCUCCUUGUCAGUGAUGCAGGAUGGAGGGUCUGACAUGGAUAGCUGUCUAGUCAUUUGGAUGGGACGAAAAACCGAGGACCCGUGUACACAUUGGCGUGCAUGUAAAAGAUCCCUUGGCAGUUGGAAUUCGAUAUAAGAGUAGGCCGUAGCGCCGCUGCCCGGGCAAAAUUUCCCUCAUAGCACACUGUAUGGCGUAUGUCCGUCUUCAUUAGCCCAGGUUAGGAGCAGAACAGUAGGACGUUAAACCCCAUUUCAUUUCAUUUGCAGAACAGUGGGGACCUUAACCCCCAUUUCAUUUCAUUUUCAUUCAUGUAUUUUCAGUGUCUGUAACAAUUUUUUUUUUAGAUAUUUACAACAUUUUAUCCUCUUUCAGCCAAUUUAAAUCAUUUUUAAGUAGACCUUAUGUAUUAACAAAGUUCCUGAGAUUAGAUUCAUGGUCUAUCAAAAUACAAUGUCGUAAUAGAAUUUUUAGAUUUGGGGGGGGGGGGAGAAAUGUCUCUGUUGGACAUCCUAUAUACAUCAUUUGUACCAAUGUUGUUUAUUAUUACAAUGUAUCAAUAUUCUGUGGAUCAUGUAAAUAACAAAAGAUUGUAUUACAUACCAAUAAGACUGUCGUAUACCUGGUAGACCUAUACCCAUAUCAUCUCCCUUUAGGUUUUCACUAAUAAGGUAUCGGGGAGGUACACUAUUGAAGUUCCAGAAUUGAAUCCCCAAAGUCCCUGAGAUUAGAUUCAUGGUCUAUCAAAAUACAAUGUCGUAAUAGAAUUUUUAGAUUUGGGGGGGGGGGGGGGAGAAAUGUCUCUGUUGGACAUCCUAUAUACAUCAUUUGUACCAAUGUUGUUUAUUAUUACAAUGUAUCAAUAUUAUGUGGAUCAAGUAAAUAACAAAAGAUUGUAUUACAUACCAAUAAGACUGUCGUAUACCUGGUAGACCUAUACCCAGAUCAUCUCCCUUUAGGUUUUCACUAAUAAGGUAUCGGGGAGGUACACUAUUGAAGUUCCAGAAUUGAAUCCCCAAAUUUGCGUUUUCGGUCUAUGAUGCAUGAGCUGACUUUUAAUAAGAAAUUAUCAGCCAUGACAGCUGAAACAUUUUCUUUGUGUUUAAUUAGGUCAUGAUUAUUCUAUUCACUCCACCUAUGCUGUCGGGACUGAAUUCUGCAUCACUUGGAUUACUAUUCCGUCAAUAUGUUGCCUACGAACCAUUGAUUAUCAAAAAGAUGUCAUACAUGUAUUUAAUUGACUACUGAGUACCACAUGUAGAUUCUUGUAGUGUAGUGCUACUGAGUUCAUGUACCUACAUGCAAACAUAGUCUGCGACGUCAGUUUAUCUGGUGCCGUUGCACGCUGAUUAAAAAAAAAAUUUGUAUAAAUAUUUUAUUGUUAUUAUUUUUUGUGUAUUUCAUGUAUUGAUAAAUAAAUAGAAUGACUAUCCUUA